CUGAGAGCUUCUUAGAGGCAUUCGUACAGGAAUUUGAGGGCAACAUCAUUGAACUUACAAUUUUCUCCAAACAAUUUAAUCAUUUUAUUUUUCAACGUAAAGAAGUCACGUCAAACAGAUCAUUUUAUUAUGUAUUUAGAUGGAAUUGUUAUCUUGUUGCUUAGAUAGGACGUCAAAGAUCCAAUUAUCUACAUUCUUAAAGGAAUAAAAGAAAAUAAUUAGUCAAACAUAAGUGUUUGAAUAGUUUUUGAAAGUUGUAUUGUUCUUAUUGUUCUAAAAAAUAACAUGAUGGAUACGAUUGACAUACAUUUAAAGUUUGUCGAGUGCCUUACAAAGAUUGUUGAGAAUCCCAAUCCUAAAGAAGUGAACGAAGCAUGGAGUCAUUUAGAAAAUUUAGUAUCUCAUAAUAACUACAAUGUAGAUUACAAACAGGUAUUAAAGUCAAUAUUGACUGAGAAACAUAUCAAUAAUAUUGAUCAAAUACCUAGUGUACUUCAAUGGUUUUCCAAAUUUAUAUCUCCGGAAACUACUGCUGGUACAAUAUCUGCCGACAUAGCAUAUUUUUUGUCUUCUUCAGCAGAAUUUUUUGAAGAAAAAUCAUACUUGGCUGAGAUUUUGGAAGUAAUAAAUGACAAUGAUUCCAUAUAUUUAACCAAAUCUGAUAAUAGCAAAUUGUGCCAAGCUAUUGUUGAAGUAUUGUUUUGGAUGAAACAAACAAAUGAUAAACAAAAGUAUAAUGAAGAUAUUAUAAAGAUAAAAAAUUUUUUGAAGAUGAUAUGGAACCAAAAUCUUCUGAUUGAUUGCUUUGAAGUGAUAUUUAAGAUUUUUUUGAAAAAUAAUAGAAAAAAAUAUCCCAGUUCAGCUUUAAUUAUUGUCUUUCAUGUGGUUAAUGAAAAAUCAUGGAUUGGUGAUGUAGAUGCAGUUGUUUGUCAAUUGAUAGAUAAAAUUUCAGAUAAAUCUAAAAUUGUUCAAAUGCUUAGUUUGUUUUGUAAAUGGAUUAAUCAGCCUCCAGAUACAAAUAUGAAAUAUUUAAGCUCAUGGCUAAUUUUAUUUAUUAAAAAUUUGGAAACAAAUCAUAAUCUGCCUGGACUGACAAAAGAAAUAGCAGAAAUGGCUUUACCUUCCAUACUUAUUGAAAAUUUGAAUUUAGAUGUAUUUUAUACAAUUGAUACAGAAAGCAAUAUUGUUCUAUUUUUAAUGAAAAGAAUUGGGUCAUUAGAAUUACUUCAUAAGAUUAUGCCAAUAAUAUAUAAUUUACUUAGUACUCAAAAGGGCUAUAGUUCAUAUCCAAAUAAUCCAAAUGUGUUAACUAUUAUAGGUAUUACAAGGUAUCUUCAUCUUCAUCGAUUUUCAGAACAUCUUAAGGUUAGCUGUGAUAAUUGUAGUAAGGUAAAUGAAUUAAUAAGCAAUUUUAAUAGUCAAAGUUAUACAAAUAAAAUUCUUGAAGAAAGUGAAGAAAUGGAAGUUUGUUAUCCUAGUACAAGUAACGGUUUUGGAAGAUUUAAUAACGUUAAAGUUGGUCUUUUGAAUCUUGGGAAUACAUGUUACAUGAAUGGUGUUUUACAAGCACUUGCAAUGACUAACCAAUUCUGCCACGAAGUGUUACUUUAUAAAAAUAAAAAUGAAUUAAACAGUCAAACAGUUUUAAAAAACUUGCAGAAUCUCUUUGCUUUAUUAAAGUAUAUAGAUACAAAUUCAUUAUCUCCAACUGCAAUUUUAUAUGCAUCUAGACCAUCAUAUUUUAUGCCUGGUCAUCAACAAGACAGUUCAGAGUUUUUAUGUCAUCUACUGGAUGUCAUGUAUGAGCAGGAAAAAUCUUCACUUAUGCAGAGCAAUAGUACUGAUAAAACUAUUAAUACAAAGUUGAAAGUUGAUGAUAAUGAAAUGGUAGAUACAGAAGAACCUAUUGUGGCAUUAACUUCACCAUUGAACAAUGAUGGUACAUCAUUAAGUAUGUAUAGAUGGACUACAGAAGAGAAUUUAAGUGAAGGUGUUUCUUUACAACGGAAAACGCAAUCUUUAGCUGAUUUUUCUCAAGGCGACGAACUUGUCCAGACACAAAAUGCUCUUUCAGAGUCUCAUUCGAAUUCGACUGAUAGUGGUAUUCAAUCUGUUGGUGGUGAGGACUCUACUUCAUCUUCAAUUUCUUCAGCCUCAGUACCCUUGGUAGGAAUGUCAUCAUCAUCGUACCUUGUACAUCGAGUCUUUGGAGGGGAACUCAAAGUUACUUAUCAGUGCAUUAUUUGCAAUACAGAAAGUGACAAUACUGAUAAAUUCAGAGACUUACAGCUUUGCUUCCUAGAUAAUUUGGCACCAAGUAAAGAAAUUUCUGUACAGGAUCUCAUCAAUAUGAAUUAUUUCCUUCCAGAGAAUUUGACAGGAGAUAAUAAAUAUAGAUGUGAUAAGUGUGAGAAAUUGUGUGAUGCUCGGCGAAUUAUUAAAAUACUACAGGCACCAGCACAUCUAAUUCUAACUUUAAAACACUUUAGGUACGAUUCAGAGAGUAGACUAAGAACAAAGUUGCGUCGUAAAGUCUUCUACAACGAAACAAUUCAGUUACCAGUUCUCGAGAAAUCUAAAGAGACAUUUCGAUUGUACGCAGCUGUAGUUCACUCUGGUUACAAUAUGGACUAUGGACAUUACAUAACAUAUGCUUGCGACGCUAGAAACCGUUGGUAUAAGUUUAAUGACAGCUACGUAUCCGAGAGUAGUAUUGAAGAGUUUAAGAGCCUUGAACCUCCCGACACGCCUUAUAUCCUGUUUUAUAAAAAAUGUGAUGAUACCUUAGAGGCAGAUGCACCCGAGUUUUCGGUCCUUAGUAAGAAUUUACAAGAUUAUAUUAAUAAACAAAAUAGGCAAUGCUUAAAAGAUCACAGAGCUAGCGGAUCCAAAGUACGUCGACAUGCUACCCCAUUAUAUAAGCCUAAUAAUUUCGGUGGGAAGGAUGUAAACGAUGAUGAAGAUGAUAAUCCUCCACCAAGUAACUGCAGAGCAGCUCUCAAUGUGCCCCAACGGCCUUGUUUGUUUUGAGAGGUGUAUGAUUUUGUGAGUCUCCCAUCUAUUGGUUCCUUUGUAAAUUCAAAAUUGGAAUUGUGUCUAAUAAUAUUUAUGCACGGGCGAGCGGAUGAAAUUUAACAAUGUGUUUCGUUCGGGUUUUAAAAUUUUCAGUAUUGUUUUGCUGUAAUUGAGAGUGAUAUAGGAAAAAUAUUUAAAUACAUAUUAA